ACCAGGAAACAUUUUCAACUUCUCAGUAGAGAGAGAAACUCAAGUGUUGUUGAGCUGUUUUAUGUCUCUUUGUGUAAAAUGUGAAAUGGCAGAAGCUGGUAUUUCUUGAGAUCCAUUACUGAACAUCCAGCAAAAAAUGGCAGAAGCCAGUAUUUCAGUGCCUGAGGAUCCGUUCAUCUGUCCAAUCUGUCUAAAUCUACUGAAGGAUCCAGUGAUCAUUCCCUGUGGACACAGUUACUGUAUGAGCUGUAUUACAGGCUGCUGGGAUCAGGGUGAUCAGAAGAGAGUCUACAGCUGCCCUCAGUGCAGACAGACCUUCACUCCAAGACCUGUUUUAGGUAAAAACACCAUGCUGGCUGAAGUGCUGGAGAAACUCAAGCAGACAAAACUACAAGCUGCUCAGCCUGUUCACCGUUACACUGAAUCUGGAGAUGUGGAGUGUGAUGUCUGUACUGGAGACCAAAACAAAGCCAUCAAGUCUUGUCUGGUGUGUCAGAUCUCUUUUUGUCAAAAUCACCUCAAAGAACAUGACAGUUUUUUUCAAGAUGAGAGACACGAAAUAACAGAGGCCACUGGACGCCCGCAGGAGAUGAUCUGCUCUCAACAUGAUAAGCCACUGGAAUAUUUUUGUCGGUCUGACCAGCAGUGUAUAUGUCAUCUGUGUAUGAUGGACGAGCACAAAAAUCAUGAGACUGUAACAGCUGCAGCAGAGAGGAGUGAGAAUCUGAGAAAAUACACAGACAUGUCCUUGAAGAUCAGAGAAACGAUGUUGAGUAACUAUGUUAUGAGCCCUGUUUCUGGCAAGUCACUCUCUGCAGACUCAGUCCCUGAAGACCCGAACAGCAUUGUAGAUAUGAUAAUUCUUGAACUGACAACAAUCGCAGACGACUUGGACGGGAAUUGUGAUUUAGUGCGUAUACCCAUGAUACGAGAGUACAAGCCUUCAGUCACUGACAAAUAUAAGUUUGUGUCAGAAUAUGAAGUUCCAUCUAAUGAACGUGUGCAACUGGCCACCCACUACAUUGAACCAGUGAUCAUUCAGAGGAGCAAAGAGCAGGCUGAGAAAUACUGUCAUGAAUAUGUGAGGUCUGCUCACGCUUCUGGAACAACAACAUCAUGUCAGCUGUUAUCAAAUGACAAGAAUCACAACAUCAGAAUAGACCAGCUGUUCAGUCCUGACAGUGAUGGAAACACACCGAAAACUGUGAUUCUCAGUGGUGAUUCUGGAAGUGGUAAAUCCCUCAUAUUAAAGAAGAUUAAGUUGGACUGGGCUUCUGGAGAACUUUACUCUGAAAACUUUAAUGCUGUUUUUCUUCUGAAAUUUGAUGAGCUCAAGUGUAUUUCUGAGGAGAUGAGCUUGAUUGAUCUCUUGAGUUGGAGUUCCAGUUUAACAUCAGAUCAGAUCUCACAAUCACUACAGUUAACACCAGAGAAAGUCCUCUUCCUCAUUGAUGGGAUGGAUGAGUUCUCAUUUAAUCCACACUUUCAAAAAUCAUCGCCUACUGAUCCAUACCAGAAACCCCCAACUAUGGACAUUCUUAAUUUCCUACUGAGGGAUUUCUUGCUAUUGGAGUCAUCAGUGAUUGUCACCACUAGAUAUACAGCUGCUGCUGAAUUAAGCAAUCUGUUUAAAAGGCCUCAACGUUUCACUGAGAUUGUGGGCUUCUCUGAGAGAGGGGUGCAGGAGUACUUCCACAAGUUCUUUCAGGAUGAGCUACUCUUCUGGAAAACAUAUGAGAGUGUGAAGAAAAAUGAAAGCCUCCUGACUACCUGCUCUGUGCCUUUGCUGUGUUGGAUGGUCGGUUUUUGUCUGAAGAAAUACUUUACAGAUGAUGAUCAUGUGAUGGCAGAACUAAAGACAACCACCUCCAUAUAUGUGCACUUUGUGUCCACUCUACUGGAGCAUCAUGACCAGAGUCAGUCUGUCCUCAAGAUGCUGAGGAAUCUGGGUCAGCUGGCAGAAAGAGGAAUACAAAAUCAGCAAGUCUUUUUUGAUGAAAAGAGUAUGGCUGAGGCUGGCUUAGAUCCUGAUAAUGCUCUGUUCUUGUAUAAAGAUGAUCUUAAAGGAAAAGAAAAACAUACAUUUUUCAAAUUUAUCCAUAUCAGCUUUCAGGAGUUCUUCACAGCUCUUUAUUAUAUUUUGCUGGAUGAAGAAGAUUCCUGGUGCAAAAUCAGUGAGCUGUUUAACUUGAUGGAAUCAGAAGCUAUAAUUUACAGGUCAUCUCCAAUUUUCAGAGGUAGACUAUCAAAUCCCACCCAUUCAGUCAUGAUGUUUCUUUGUGGUCUCUUUAACGAGAAGGUGAGCAGCUCACUCUUUGAAAAGAUCAAGUGGACUGUUCCUCACAACAUAAAACUGAAGAAAAGAGAAUUGAAGAAAAAGCUGAUAAAAAGGAUUCCAGCAUUGACACGGAAGUAUGGAUCUGAGUUAUUUGCUCUCCACUGUCUGUAUGAGCUGCAGGAUGAGAGGUUUGUCAGGAAAGUUCUGGAAACUCACAGCUUCAUGGAUCUGUCUAACAUUUCCCUGAGGAGCACAGACUGCUGGGUGCUGCUGUACUGUCUUCAGUGCUGUCCACACAUCAGAGAACUGAACCUCAUGUACUGUGAUUUAACAGCUGAUAAACUCAAGAUUCUUCAGCCAGCACUCUGUAUGUGUGAGACUCUGAGAUUUUCAGUGGAGCAUCUGUCAGAAGUUGGAUAUUUGAUCCAGAUUCUUGGUGAAUCAAAAAUCUUGAGAGAGCUAAAAGUUCAAGAGGAUGAGAACAGCGCUGAGAGUCUCAGAUGGUCACUCGACCUGUCAGUCACUCAUGGAGAUGUCUUGUUGUCUUUGAGCUCCUCAGAGAAGAAUCCAUCAUUUCCAGCAGUCUUAAACAUCAGUCUUACUUGUUCACGCUCAGAGAUAUCCAACACUGACUGGACGCUCUUCUCACAGACACUCAGCAAGGCAGGAAAGCUAGCAGAAGACUCUUCAGCUCUUGAGGAUCAUGUCAGUUUGCUGCUGUCUUCAUUUCACUCAGUGGGUUUGAAGAAGUUGUAUCUGAAGGUGUUCAGUCUGAAUGAGAGCUGGGCUUCUGGGAUCAUUUCCCUCGUUCAGACCUGUACCAGUCUACAGGAGAUCAGUGUCAGUGUCACUGGAUUGCUGUUGGAGGAGGGACUCGUAUUACUGAAGAAAUCACUGACGGAUCCACACUGCACUGUGACCAUUGAAGGGAGGAAGUGCAUUAAACUCACUGACCAGUGCACAGAACAGGACUGGAGUCAGAGCUGUAAUGAGAAAGUGGAGAUUCACUUCAAACCAAAAGUUUUGGAAAAGCUGAAAGAGCUGAACAUCUCUGCUCCUGAACCCUCUGGACUGGAUCUUCACCUGCUUCCAGUGUGUCAGUCUUGUGUUCACAUUGUUGAUAGUGAUCAGUGGGUUCAGGUGGAGCCGUCAGUCUGUACAGAUGAAGGAGGGUCAAAGUUCAGGAUCAGCACUCAGGCGGGUCGAUUCGAGUGCAGCAGGACCAGAAUGCGAUGGGUCUGUUCUGGUGACGUCACUCUCCAGUACCGUGCAGUGGAUGGACAUUUCCUCAGUGCAGAGCUGGAGAGGCUUCAGUGUGAGCGAAUUGGUCCAGUGAUUGAUGUGACCGUGAUCUCAGGGAAACUGGAGGAGGCUCAUCUGCCUCAUUAUGCCUGUUUAGCAGAGUCUGACCCCUCUCUCAACAAUGCUGUGAAGCUUGUCAGCAAAAGAGAUGAAGGAAUAUCUUUACAGUCUGUAGAGUUGACCCGUUAUCAUGCUAAAAUACUCCAACCAUCCUUCUCUCUUACAACUCUAAUUAUAAGCUGGAUCAUGAAGUGGGAAGCACACUGCAAUCUUCUCCUCUACAUGCGCUGUAAAGAUCCUCUCAUUCUUCACAUCUACUUUUUUCCAGUGAAUGACACUUGUUCAAAAGAGAAAGUUGAGCAGAAUGAAAAAUCAAGCUAUCCGAUCAGCCAUCCCAGACCUAACAGACCAUUUCGGAUGAAAACGCCACACCUUCUUGAGGUUCCUGGUGCUUCUGUCCAUCCUGUAGAGGGGAUUUCAUUUACAACAGAUGUUGAUCCAAACUUCUUUAAGGUCAAACAGCUUCAGGAUGGUGACGUACAAAUGAAUCUUAUCAGAGAGGAGGACAAGAAGUCCGUGUGGACUGCCACAAUAUGGAAAGACGAACUUGAACAGUUAAAUCAAAGGCAAGUCCAAGAUAAGCCACAACUGAAUUCUGAGAUUGAUAAAGCUACAUUUUUUGAUAAACACAGAUCGGCUCUCAUUCAAAGGGUUAAAAAUGUGAAGAGCAUUGCAGAUAAACUGCGUGAGCAGAGAAUAAUUCAUGAGGAAUUAUAUUCUGAAAUCACACAUUGUAAUUUAAGCAGUCAGGAUAGUAUGAGAAAGAUCUGUUACACAGUGAAUUCAAGUGGUGUCACUGCAAAAGCUCAAUUCAUCUUGAUCCUUCAGGAAGAAGAGCCCUACCUCUCUGAAGAACUGGUGCGUUCAGAUUCUUAAUCAUUCUCUUGGUGAAUAUAUUGCUUUAGUUGGGAAACUACAUAAAUGAACAGGCAGGAAAUUAAAUUAUAAAAUCAUGUAACUGUUUAAUGCUAUAAUAAAUUGAUUUGUGAAAUGAACUGAAAUAUUAAUUACAAAAAUACCUUACUAAAUUAACUCAAGAUGACUCAUUUAGUACUAGAAUUUCUGCAAACUAAAUAAAUAGAUUAUUGAAGAUAAAACAUUGAAAUGGUCAGUUUGAACUUUGAACUUCUAGACUGCUGAAAUAUAUUUUGUCAUCUGAUAAGGUCAUUUUUCUUGUCGAGUCCUAAAUAAUUUGUUGCUGUAUCAUCCAGUUUGACAUCAUAUUGUUUUACAUUAAUAGUUUAUCCACUUCUUUUGUUAAUUGAAU